UUUAAUUUAAAAUGGAAAUAAUAUCUCCCAAAGGGCUAAUCCGUCAUUUGCAUAAAUUAUCAUUCCCAAGCAUGUGAAGCCUCAAUUGCAUGAUUGACGAGCUAUCCUCACCACGUGGCGCACUGCUAUUUGUCAGUUCAAGUGCUUCGGGAUUCACAGUUCUCACGCACAAUAAUUAAAGUUUGGAAAAGAAACAAGGCAAAAAAAACGCAGCAAGAAAACACACACACUACCAAGUCACUCUCACUCAUCCCCCUUUCCCAACUGUGCUUUCUCUCUCUCUCUAGAAAAAAAAAACUCCUAAUUUUUUCCCCCCCAAUCUCCAGCACCACCACCUUACUUUCUGAUUCAAUGAAUUUUCAUUCAUCAAGGCUCCAUAAUUGAGUUCAUCAAUUCAUCUGAAAUGCUUGAAGCAGCAGCUGCAGUGGUGAGCAAUGGCGGAUUUUCUUCACACUCUUCUCAGCUGCACAGCUGCGGCGGCGAUAGUAGCGAAGAGGAGCUUUCCGUUCUUCCCCGCCACACUAAGGUUGUUGUCACCGGCAACAACCGUACUAAGUCGGUGCUCGUUGGCCUUCACGGCGUCGUAAAAAAAGCCGUUGGCCUUGGUGGAUGGCAUUGGCUGGUUCUGACCAAUGGGAUUGAAGUAAAGCUACAAAGGAACGCUUUAAGUGUCGUUGAAGCUCCAACAGGGAAUGAAGAAGACGAUGAUUUCGAAGUUGAGCAAGUACAGUGGAACAACACAGUUAUGGCAUUUGAUGAUGCUCACAAGUCCCAAAGAUCGAGGCAUCGUAUGUACCGUUCACUUGGUUCGUCUAACAAGACUUUUAGCCGGUCUCUCUCCUGUGAUUCACACCCUAAAGAUUCUGUUUCAAGAGCAAGGGGCUCUAUGGUUGACCUGAGCAAACUCGAGAUACCUGCAUUAUGGAGAUAUUUGCUGCACUUUAACCUUGACAAUGCCAUUCGUAACCCCUCCAAGGAGCAACUCGUCGAUGUUGUCCAGAGGCAUUUCGUGUCAGAUCAACUGGAUGAGUUGCAGGUUAUCACGGGUUUUGUGAAGGCUGCAAAGAGGCUCAAGACAGUUUGCAAAUGACGUUUACUCUGUGUAUUUUGGUUCUUGAUGAUGACUCUAACAAUUGGUGACACCCAAACCCACAUUAAACUGACCCGACCCGCGACCCGUGACCCGUAACCAGAUGUUAUUAGGAUAUGAUUAUGUACGUAUGUGUAUGUAUCCUUGGAGAGUGAGUGUCAUGUUUAGUUGUUGUGUAGGCGUAGAUAUAAUAGAUAUAUUAUAACUAUGUAGAUAUGUGUUGAACCUGUGGACUGAUUGAAUAUUCCUAAUAUAGGCCAUUCUUUGGCAAAUCCUUUGGUUCAAUAAUUUUUCUUACUAGGGGGAA